GCAGAUCGCAGGCGCACGCGAGUCUCAGGUGUGCGUGCGUGCGUGCGUGCAUGCUGGGCGAAAGAGAAAGUGAAAGUCAAAUCGCUUAUUCACCCUCGACGAACUUCUCCGCGCGUUUGAGCUGCUAAAGUCCGUCAAGCGUGUUUGUGAAGCAUGUCUCGAGGAUCGAACUCGGGGUUUGAUCGACACAUCACUAUAUUCUCACCGGAGGGCCGCCUGUAUCAAGUCGAAUAUGCCUUCAAAGCCAUCGGUCAGAGCGGGCUGACCACGGUGGGCAUCAGAGGGACGGACUGCGCUGUGCUGCUCACACAGAAGAAAGUGUCGGACUCGCUCCUGGAUGCGUCUACAAUGACAAACAUGUUCCGUCUCACUCCGCGGAUCGGAUGCGUCAUGACCGGACAUUACGCUGACAGCCGCUCUCAGGUUCAUCGGGCUCGCAUCGAGGCGGCCGAGUGGAAGUAUAAGUUCGGUUAUGACAUCACGGCGGACAUGCUGUGCCGGCGUAUGGCGGACAUCUCUCAGGUUUACACGCAGAACGCAGAGAUGAGGCCGCUGGGCUGCUGUAUGAUGCUGAUCGCGAUGGACCCUCAGACGGGCCCCGUGCUGUACAAAUGUGACCCGGCCGGGUAUUUCUGCGGCUUCAGGGCCACCAGCGUCGGGGUCAAACACCACGAGGCCAGCAGUUACCUGGAGAAGAAGCUGAAGAAGCAGCCGGAUCUGCCCUACGACAGGACCGUGGAGGUGUGUGACGCACGCCGAUAUACAUGGCGUUUAUUCUUUAAUCAAGCACAAAAUUCACAAAGUUUCCACAGAAAUAUUGUGCAGCACAACUGUGUUCAACAUUGAUAAUAAUCAGA